AUGCUGAUUGAAAGAUUUGAUAAAAUUCUUAAAGAAUUACCAGGUUUACCUGCACCGGGAGUUUCUGGAUCUCGUAUUAAAGAAUUAACUCAAAUUGCAGUAACAGAUUUAAAUAAAGAAAAAGAAAGUCAAAUUAUUGCAGCUCUUUAUUCUAGUUGUAAAUCAGCUCAAUUAUCACAUAAAUUAGGUACUUUAUAUGUUGUUGAUGCAAUUUCAAGAAGAUUAAAAGCUGAAGCUACUAAUAAUAAUGAAACUGUAAAUUCAAAUGCACCUGAAGGUACAUAUGCUUCUGCCGUUUAUAAAAUUGGAGAAUUGAUUGAAAGUUUAAUUGAUAAUUCAAUGGAAUAUCAAUUAGAUCCAGGAAUGAUAAAUAAAAUUGGUAAAUUAGUUGAUAUUUGGGAAAAAUAUGAAACUUUUGAUCCAACUAUUUUAAAUAAGAUCAAAGAUAAACAUUUUAAAUCUACAACUCCACCAGGGACACCUCCAAAAACUAGUGUUGAACCAACUAAACCAACUUCGGAAAGUAAAGAAUCAAAUAGUAUAUUACUGGCUUUAGCUUCUCUUGCGAAUACUGGUUCUGCUAAUAAUCAAAAUAACAAUAAUUCAAAUCAAACUAGUACUACUAGCGAAUUGUUAAAUAACUUAGCUAAUCACCAACCGCAUCAACAACAUCAGCAACAACAGCCACCACAAGAACAAGCUAUCUUCAAUAUGUUACAUCAAAUGCAAGGUAGUGGUAUGGCACAACCACAACAACCACAACAACAGCAAUAUCAAGAUCCAUCUUUUAUUAGUCUGAAUGAUUUUAAUGUGGGAAGACGUGACGCUCGUGAAUCUCAUAUUGGUGGUGCUGGUAGACGUGAUAGAUCAAGAUCCCCGAAAAGAACAAUUAAAUCCCCAAUAGCUGCUUCUUCAUCAGUACAAGCAAUGCAAGCAAAUUUACAACAUUUAAAACAACAACAAGCUGCUGCCGCUGCUUCUGCUCAAAAUAACUCUACAUUUUCACCAAAUCAACAAUAUCAACAAACAUAUAAUCAACAAGUAUCACCUCAACAACCACAACCACCACAACAACAAAAUCAUUAUCAAGAUCCAGCUUUUGUUCCUCCAUCAGCAAUGGGAGGAGAAAUGAAUUUACCAGGAACUCCUCAUUAUCGUCCAAGAAAUGUUGGAUUUGAUCAAACUGUUCCACAAGGUACAAUUAAAGUAUUAUCAAGAACCUUAUUUUUAGGUGGUGUACCAAGGAAUAUGGAUGAAAGAACUUUGGCUCAAGUAUUAAGACCAUUUGCAGAAAUUCAAUCAGUUAUACUAAACAGUGAAAGAAAACAUGCAUUUGUUAAAGUAUAUUCAAGAAAAGAAGCUGAACAAAUUAUAACAUCUUUUAAUAAAGAUAAUCAGUUACCUUUAAGAACUCGUUGGGGUGUUGGAUUUGGACCAAGAGAUUGUUGUAAUUAUCAACAUGGUAUAUCCAUUAUACCAAUUCAAAGAUUAACUGAAGCUGAUCAACAAUGGGUAGUAAAAGCUCAAUGGGGAGGAACAGGUGGUCAACCAAUUUCAAGUGGUAUGGUAGUUGAUGAACCAGAUAUUGAAAUUGGAGCAGGAAUAUCAUCAAAAGCAAUGUCCAAAAAAAUGCCAACUAAUUCUGCAAGAAAUGGACCUAAAUCAAAUAGACCAGGUGAACCGGAUGAAGAAUUUGUUAAAACUACUUUAAUUCAACAACCAGCUAUACAAAUGAGUCAUGGUACAAGACCAGAUUUUGAAACUUAUCAACAAUCAUCGGUAAAUCCAUUACAAGGUUUAUUUAGUGGGAACAAUAAUAAUGCAUCUCCUCAAAUUCAACAACAACAACAAUAUCAACAACCAGUGCAACAACCUCAAUUUCAAAAUAAUUUUCAACAACAACAAUUACCAACAGGUAUGCCACAGAUUCCACAAUUUCAAGGCAAUCCAAUGGCUGGUGCUGCAGCUCCAACUGUGCCAGAUCCAAGUCAAUUCCCACCUGGAUUUGCUGAAUAUUUAAUGAAAGCUAUGCAACAACAACAACAACAAAAUCCUCAAUAA